UACAGGUCGUUGCCCUUUCCUCUCCUCCUCUCCCCUCCCUCUCUGUCUCCACACUCAGACUCCAUUACUCACACUCUGAUCACUCAGAUUCUACAGCCCAGCUCGAGUCCGUCCGAGGCCAUGUUGUGGUUUCAGCGUCCGUCUGUCGGCCUCCUGCUGCUCCACCUGGCCGCCGUGUACGCAGUGUUUCUGGACAGGAAAGCAGCCAAUCAGGUGCUGACCCGUCUGAGACGGGCCAACAGCUUCUUCGAGGAACUGAAACAAGGAAACAUGGAGAGGGAGUGUUUGGAGGAGCGCUGCAGCUGGGAGGAGGCGCGGGAGAUAUUCGAGAACAAGGACAAAACUGAUGAGUUCUGGGCCAAGUACACAGACGGCGAUGCGUGCGACUCUCAGCCCUGUGCGUGGGGAGGAGUUUGCAAAGACGGGAUUGGAGGAUACACCUGCUUCUGCCAGCCGGGGUACAAGGGCUACAACUGUGACACCAUCAUUCCUCAGCUCUGUGAGAACAGAAACGGAGACUGCCAACACUUCUGCAGCGUCCUCCGAGACGACAUACGCUGCUCCUGCGCUGACGGGUACUACCUGGGAUCAGACUCCAGGUCCUGCAUGUCCAACGAGAAGUUUAAAUGUGGCGCCAUCAUCACAGACGACAUCCGGAGUGUGUUCAGGUACGAGCGAGGGAACACAACCGUGGAGAACGCCACCAGGUCCAACCUGACCGACCUCGCCGCGGGCUCCACCAACCUGACGGAGGAGGUCUCUGCGUCCUCGCUGAACGCCAGCAGCAGGACCAUCAAAGUGGACUUCACAGUCCUGGAGGAGCUGCUCACCGCACGCAAGGCGACCAUGACGCGCAUCGUCAACGGGGAGGACUGUCCACCAGGAGAGUGUCCGUGGCAGGCUCUCCUGAUGAACCAGGACCACCUCGGGUUCUGCGGAGGAACCAUCCUGAACGAGUACAUCAUCCUGACCGCUGCACACUGCAUGAACCAAUCCAGCUACAUCUACGUCACACUGGGUGAGUUUGAUGUCCUGGUGGAACACGGUAACGAGGCGGUCCAUCAAGUUGAGACCAUUAUCACCCACAACCGGUACAUCCCAGAGACCUACCACAACGACAUCGCUCUCAUCAAACUGGCCACGCCCAUCAAGUUCACCAGGUUCAUCCUGCCCGCCUGCAUCCCUGAAACCACGUUUGCUGAACAGGUCCUGAUGAAGCAGCCUCACGGGAUGGUCAGCGGUUUCGGUCGUCUCGGCGAGGGUCGGCAGCCGUCCACCAUCCUACAGCGCCUCACGGUCCCGUACGUGGACCGGCAGACCUGCCUGGAGUCCACGCAGCUGCGCGUGUCCGCUCGCAUGUUCUGUGCCGGGUACGACCAGGACUCCAAGGACGCCUGCCAGGGGGACAGCGGCGGGCCGCACGUCACUCGCUACCACGACACAUACUUUGUCACCGGCAUCGUGAGCUGGGGCGAAGGCUGCGCCCGCAAAGGCAAAUACGGGGUCUACACCCAGGUGUCCAAAUACAUCCAGUGGAUCAGAGGAGGCAUCAACAGGCUGAUGCCCCAGGACCCGGACACACACCGGUCCAAGAGACACAGCGGACCAAUCAAACGGCUCGCUCUGUGAAACUCCUCCCAUGACAUCACUGAUCCACGGCUUUUUAAACGUCACCGCUUUCAAACGCUUUCAGGCGCGUGAGCAGUAAUCACAACGCCUUCGUAUUUAGAAGCAUCAUCAGCGCCGCAGAGUUCACGCAGAGGUCACGCAGAGGUCACGCAGAGGUCACGCAGAGGUCACACAGAGGUCAUGUUCCUCCAGUCUGUCCUCUAAGGGGCAGCAGACCAAGCUACAAAAACCACCAUGUGACCACCGUCAGGAGGAGAGGACAUGUGACCUUCACAUCCAGCAGACGCAGAGCACCUUAAUCCACACACACACACACACCUCUACACACACACACACACCUGUGACGCCCUCACCUGUCAGUGAUGUCAUCACCUGUGUAUCAGAUUCAUGUAAGAAAAUAAAGAAGUCUUUCACACCGUC